UGCCGCGCCGCGCCGGCCGCCUCCGAUGCGCUGCCCCGCCGCCGCGCCAUGACCCUUAGCUCGGAGAUGUCCGAGGCGUCGACACUGGCUGAGGAGACCGACAUUGAUGUGGUGGGCGAGGAGGACGACGAGGAGGACGACGAGGAGCCACAGACCCGCCGCCGCGGCGGAGCGGGCGCCGAGGACGAGGAGGAGGAGGACGACGACGAGGAAGACGACGAGGAGGAUGUGGGCGACCUCCACGCCGCCGCCCUUCUGCCGCGGUCUCCCGUAUGCAUCCUGCAGAGCCCCAAGAAGAGGCUGACGCUUAGUGAGAUCUGCGAGUUCAUCAGCGGGCGCUUCCCCUACUACCGGGAGAAGUUCCCCGCGUGGCAGAACAGUAUCCGCCACAACCUCUCCCUCAACGACUGCUUCGUCAAGAUCCCCCGGGAGCCCGGCAAUCCUGGCAAGGGCAACUACUGGACGCUGGACCCCGAAUCUGCCGACAUGUUCGACAACGGGAGCUUCCUCCGCCGCCGAAAGCGCUUCAAGCGGCAGCAGCUCCCGGCGCCCGAGCUUCUGCUGCGCCGAACUUCACGAGAAGGGUGUAUUGCGGUGACCCACCCUGUGUUUGUUUCUCUUGGCUUCUCCGCAGUAGACCCCGAAAAGCCGGGCGACCUCCCCCACGCAGAGCCCAGCCCGGCCCGUGCCAGCAGACAGUGGGGUCCGAGUGUGCCCACCGCCCGUCCCUCAGUUCCCCUCAGAGGCAUAUAUGGCAAGUGGGAUGAGAAGCACCGAGGGUCAGCGGGGUGCGCAUCCCGUUCUUGCUGGCUGGUUUCAAAUACCCAGGACGGGCCCCAUCACGAAGUCCGGAAGAUGAAAGGGGGGCGAGGCCCUCACCUGCUCUCAGCUGCUCCCUUUCUUGCAGCGCUGGUGGCGAAGGCAGAGUGCACGGUCUCCACCGUCGAGACUGAGGCCUGA